AUGGCUUCAUCGUCGCCUCUAACGAAUAUAGGCCUUCUGUCCUUAGUCGUUCUUAUCGGUUCUUGGUUGACCGGCACUGUAGGGAAGUUGUUACCUCUCGUGAUAUUGAUCGCUGUUGCUGUACUCGGCUCUAUGAUGUCGGCCGAUUCUACUUCUACGGCUGAUCUGGCCGUUGAAAUCGCGAAAGGAAAGAAGCUCAUAAUUGUUGAUGUUAGAACUGACGAUGAAGUGAAGGCAAAACCGCCAAACCCUGGCAGCAUCCAUAUCCCUAUCGCUGAGUUCAACGAUAGGAUGAGUGAAGUUCCCGAGGGGCCUAUCAUCGUUCACUGUGCUGUUGGAAUGAGAGCUAAGCGCGCUGGUAACGCGUUGAGAGCAGCUGGUCGUAAACCUGUUAUGAAUGUAACAGAUCGUGACGCUGCUAAAAAGGCUGCUAGAGAGGCCGAGGAACUUGCGAAGAAGAUGUGA